UAACACGCUACUAAGCGCUAUGGGUAAGCUAUUUAUGGGUGUUGCCGGCCGAUUAUGCUGUACACGUUGACGGUUGAUCCUUACUACGUUACUGCAAACGUCGUUCUGCUAUUAGAGAGCAUCCUGAUGGACGAGGAUCUUCAACCUCUUUGGCCACGCGAACACCAUAGCCAGGACUCGAAAAAGAAACUUGCCCCCUACACCACCCAUAUCUAGUCCUCAUGAUCCCACUUUCUCCUCUCCACUCAAACGCAAGAAAGACUCAUUCUCGCUAUCGGAUCGUACCAGCAAGUCGCAGCGCAUGACCGAUCAUCUCACAGCCCGACUUGCAUCCAGCCUUCACGUCAGCUCGUCCACGGACACGCAGAACGCAGCCGGUAGUUAUCAGACUGGACUUGAAAACUCGCGUGGCUUUUAUCGCUUGCAAGACCCAAUGGGUUCGCCUCAUUCUCUCCAAAGGCCUGAGCAGCAAGCUCAGCAUCACCCUGCAAGCAUCGUAUCGUCAGAGCCACGAAAAUACCGAAAAGCUGCUAGAAAUCGCUCGAACCCUACUACACCGGUCAGCAGCCAUCCUCCAAGUCCAAGCCCGGGAUUCCUCUCACACGCUAGUGGCGAUGAUUUGUUCUCGUCCUUUUCUUCGACUUCGAGCCCCUUUGUAAUGUCUGCACCGUCGUCUGGUACAUCAUUCGAGUCGUUUGCUCAGAACACAGCGUCAUCUAAUAUUUUUCUGGACCCCAGGAGAUCAUCGCAGUCCAGUGGACUGCUUUUGAGGCGCGAAGGCCGGACAGGGCAACAGUUUCUUCGAUCGUCUGCUCAUCAUUAUUUGGCCAUGGCAACUAGACUCGCUCUCUUCCAUCGAAUCGUCUCGACUACAAAAUGCACAUCUACUCAGUCAAAGGAUAUGAGGGCUUGGAUCAUGGAGCAAGCGUCCAAACGUGGAUAUCAGAACCUCCAGGCGUUCGAAUCUAUGAUGAUCUCUAACGCAAAGGUUUUGGUAGCGGCUUUGGGCUCUCUGGGUGACGGGUUUUCGCAGAUAGUGAACCAACAGUCCUUCUCGCAUAUGCCUACUCAAAGUCAGGAUCAGGAAAUUGCAGUUUAUAAUACUAUUCAAUCAACAGUUGAUACAAUCCUCGAGAGUGCUCAGUGGCUCUGCGGACCAGAUUUCGAGAUGGGCAUUAACCGUAUAUGCCCUCAGUGGUCCGUACACGAGGGAUCGAUUGAGCAGAUCGUACAUUAUGUGCAAGUGGUGGAGAGCAUGCGGGAGACAUUAUCGGGUCGGUUCCAUCAUCCGCAGGACUUAUCCGAGGAUUUGACGCGAUCUCAGGAAGUAAUUGACUACCAGAGGACACUGUUUGGAGAGGCGCUUCGGAACCAUGGCUUGGAGUGGAGAGCAUUAGGCUUACCAGCGAUGGAGGAACUUAUCCAGGGGACGCAAGACUGGAUUUUGAAUCUUGCCAAGAUGCUGACCAUCAAGAUCAGGGGCGAAGUGAACCUUGCACUGGAGAGUGCUGUCCACACCCAAUCCACAUCCAGUCCCUCCGAGAUGGAGAUGGAAAUGAUGGACGACGACGAGGGCAGCUUAUCAAUGGGUCGUUCAGUUACGGAGGCAAUGGAUUUGGUGCUUCAAGGUGCGUUGUUAUCAAGAUCUUGCCUUGAACUGGCCGGGAAAAUAUGUCCGAUGCUUGUCACUGCCUGGGUGGAGUUGACCAGCCAAUACUGUACAUUUGCGCUUGCCAAGCGAAAAGAGCAUGUCUUGAAGACAAGCAAGGCGUCGGUUGGUCAUAUUAGGAAGCUGGCGAGCCCUGGUAGCCCCUCUCUAGUAGCGAGUCUUCGCAGGCAACAGCAGCAUCAACAUCAUCCGCCUACUAGCCUCAGUCGACGAGUGUGCUUGAAAACGAUGGAGCUUUUCGAAAACGUUAGCCGAUUAUUGCAGUGUGUGAUGGAGAUGCAUGAAGAGGAGGAGUACGAUGGACAAGGAUCCGGCACCUCAGUAGAUGGUUUUGGCGGACAGAGUGAGCACGAUGAACACAGUACGUGCCAAGGAGCUAGUGGGACCUCCAGUGAUCAAGAUGAAGCCAUGGAUAUCAUGUCAGGAUCGCCGAGCUCAGUAUCUUUGCAUAGCGACAAUACAUCUUACCAGCACCAUCACCAACAACGUCUCCCCCGCGCGGCUAUUCAAAAUCAGCGGCGUACACCUGUUGAUCCAACACUGCUUCAACGGCGGAUUGCUAUGGAAUCUUUAUCCUCAGUACUCGUGGAGACGGGUCUCGAGCUUUGUGAGUCAAUGGCUGAAAUUCUUGGCUGUGGAUAUCAGAGCACGUCGACUUUUUCGAGUCCAUCUACCAGUCUGCCUGCGAUACCAUCAUCCAUGGCCCCCGCGCCGUUCAAUGGAUUCGGUGACACCACGUUCCUGACAUCGUCAUGGACACCAUCGUUCGGAACAGUAUCGCUCCCAUCAGGAUCUACAAUGAUGUCCUCGUCUGCUCGUGCUGCAGCUGCCAUCACGUCUCUAACAGUAUUUGCUGGUAGUGGAGCUAUGGCUUCAGGCACUGGUGGCAUUGGUCUGAUCUAUGUCCAGUUUGUGGUUCGAUUCAUGAGUAAGAUUAUCGAAUUUGCUGGGCUGGACCCACAUCAGGAACAGCGUCUUUUGAGAAUCCAUACAAGUCUACAGAACCUAGAACUAUCGCUCUCUUCUUCGUAAUCAUCAUAUAAAAUAAAAAAAACUCUGAAUUGGUGGC